GAUUUCAUAUGAUGUCAUACUUAUCCCCCUUAUUUAUAUCCACUCUCAACCAAUCCCUUCUCGUAUAACUGCUUCUCCCCAACCUCAUUUUCUAUAAAACAAACACACCACUAGAAACCACAAUGGCAACCAUGUCUCCCAUGUUGUUCAUUUUUCUAGAGAUAACUUGUUUCUUUGUGGCUCAUGCUUAUGUGGAGAACAUGUCUCUAAGGACUCUUUCUGGUGUCACUCAUGAAGAAGCACUCCUUGGACUUAAGGCAUUCAAGGCCUCUAUAACUAGGCGUGACUCCAUUACUUCAACACCACCUUCAUACUCUCCUACUCCUUCUCCUCUUCCACCACAGGAUCUCAAGAAACCACAUGUGUACCUUGUUACAUCUUAUGGUGCAGAUCCGACAGGAAAUUCAGACAGCACUGAAGCUCUUCUUGCAGCCAUAGAAGAUGCAGCCAAAGGCCCAAAUGAAGGGUUCUUAAUGCAGGACAUCAAAGAUCUUGGAGGUGCUCAGGUUCAUCUUGAGGGUGGAAAGUACCUCAUUAGCAAACCACUGCAAUUGCCACAGCCAGGGAUUGGAAACUUCAUGAUACAUGGGGGAACUAUAAGGGCCUCAAAUAAUUUUCCAUCAGAUGGAUAUCUCAUAGACUUGUCCACCACAGGAGAAAGAAAUUCCUACAAUUACGAGUACAUAACUCUAAAGGAUCUCUUGCUGGAUUCCAACUUCAGAGGAGGGGGCAUUUCAGUGAAAAACUCACUUAGAAUCAACAUAGACAAUUGUUACAUAGCACAUUUCACCAACACUGGAAUCUUAGUCCAAGGUGGUCAUGAAACCUUCAUCAGAAACUGCUUCCUUGGCCAGCACAUCACUGCUGGAGGGGACAAACAUGAAAGGAACUUCUCAGGCACUGGAAUAAGCCUUCAGGGAAAUGACAAUGCAAUAACAGAUGUUGUGAUUUUCUCUGCUGCCAUAGGAAUAAUGGUCACUGGUCAAGCCAACACCAUUUCUGGAGUGCAUUGCUAUAACAAGGCCUCUGGUUUUGGAGGCACUGGAAUUUAUUUGAAACUUCCUGGUUUGACACAAACUAGGAUAGUGAAUUCUUACAUGGAUUACACCAAUAUUGUUGCAGAAGACCCCGUUCAACUUCAUAUCUCUAGCAGUUUCUUCCUUGGUGAUGCUAACAUUGUGUUAAAAUCAGUAAAAGGGAUUGUGAAUGGUCUGAACAUUGUUGAUAACAUGUUCUCUGGCUUAAAUCAUGGGGUUGAUGUGGUCAAGUUGGACCAAUCAAACGGUCCCUUUAAUCAAAUUGAUCAAGUUUUUGUGGCUAGGAAUGUUGUGAAGGGUAUGAACUUAAAGGCCACAGUUGCAAAGAUGACUAUGCAAGGGAAUGGAACCUCAUGGACUGCUGAUUUUAGCAAACUUUUGCUUUUUCCUAACCUUAUCAAGCAUGUUGUGUAUACUUUGAUCGUUAAUGGCAGCACCUUCCCAAAUCAUGCUCUCAGAAAUGCGUCUCAUAAUCGGGUUGUGAUUGAAGCAAAUGAGGCCGUGACUGCAAAUGUUUUUGUCGCUGUGGAUCAAAGUAUUGCAAGUUAGAGAUGUUCUGAUUGAAGAGGGAAUUGUGCAUACGCGUGAUUACGAAUUCACGAAUUCUUUCUUUCUUUCGGCAACAUUAAAGGCAACUUUGUAACCAUACUACAAAUUUUGAGACCGUAUGUUUCAAAUUUGUUGAAUACAUUUAAAUGUAAAUAAAGGAACGAUGGUUAUAGGUUAAUUAA